AUGUGUCUCGUCCAAGCACGCCCCUGUCCCAAACGGUGUCGCCGCCAGACCAAAAUUCCCCUCUCUCAAACCCUUCCUCCCGUCCCGAUCUGCCGCGCCUCGCCCUGGGUCGACCGCUCCACCGCUCCCCUGCUCGCCUCGCUGGAUCGCCCGCUCCGCCGCUCCCGUGCUCGCCCCGCUCCGCCGCUCCCCCGCCCGCCCAGCUCCGCCGCUCCCCGCCCCGCCCAGCUCCGCCGCUCACCGCCCCGCCCAGCUCCGCCGCUCCCCGCCCCGCCCAGCUCCGCCGCUCCCCUGCUCCCGCCUAGCUCUGCCGCUCCCCUGCUCGCCUCACUCCGCCGCUCCCCUGCCCGCCUCACUCUGCCACUCCCCUUCUGUGUACUGCAUCGUGACCUAGUCACACCAUGGUCGCGACGGGCGCGGUGGCCCUGGCCACGCCGGCUUGGUGACGGCUUGGUGCCGCUCGUGGUGACUCCAUCUGCGACGCCCUCAACUCGUGCUAACUGUGCCACCCUUGACCGUGGUGGCGGUGUCGUCCUCGCUGAUUGGACGAUGACCGGAUCUGUCUGCUGUUGUACGCCGCUGCUCCUGUCGAAAAGAAAAUUUCCCUGUUCGUGGUGUCGAAACAAUAGUUGUCAAAGCAACAGAGAACAAAGACAUUGCUCAACUGGAAUCAAAUUUAUGUAGAAAACCAGACCAUGUCUUUGGAUGCUCAGUGUAGCUGGAUGUAUAGUGGGUGGAAGGAUAAUGGAAGACAUUCUGAUGAGUGGAUAUGGAAUA